AUGCCUCUCUGGUCGUUUACAGAACUAAGCAACCUGAUGGACAUUGUAGCACUGUGGGAUACUUUCAAGCACAUUACACUUGAUGUAGCUUCAGAUUUCAUUGGCAAAGUUCUUGCUCACAUCCUGAGAUGUAUCAGAGAUUAUCUACUGAGGCACCAGAGGCCAGAACAAUCCAGAUUCACUCCUGGUUGGUCUGCAAUAUAUCUUAUCACAGUGCUACGAGUCUUUGUAGAGCACCCUUGUGAGUCUGGUCAUGGACUGUUUGCAGCCUACAUUGACCUCAAGAAGGCAUUUGACACAGUGCAUCAUAAAUCACUCUGGAAGAUCUUGACACUAAGGGGAAUUCCAACAAGGAUUAUUGGAUUAAUAUCAAGCCUGUAUACUGAUACUGAAAAUGUUGUGAAGUGUAGUGGGGGCCUGUUUAGCCUCUUCCCUAUGAAUUCAGGAGUGAAGCAGAGCUGUGUUCUUGCACCAACAGUUUCCAACACUUGCAUGGAUUGGAUACUGGGCAAAGCUACUAUCCAAAAUCAUUGUGUAUCAACACUGGCUAAUAUCAUGGUCACUGAUGAUGUUGCUUUCCUGGAGUCUGAAAAACCUAGUGGUGGCUCUAGAUGCAUUUACAAAUGA